AUGGCUCCCCUUCGCCAGAUUCAUCUGCAUCUGCAGCUGCCGCUGCUGGUGGUGGUGGUGGUCGUCGUCGUCGUCGGCGCCGUCACUGCGCAGGCGGCCGUGAGCGGCGCGCUCGGCGUGAACUACGGCCAGCUGGGCAGCGACCUCCCUCCUCCUUCCCGCGCCGUGCAGCUCCUGCGCUCCGUCGGCGCCGCCCGCGUCAAGCUGUACGACGCCAACCCCGCCAUCCUGGCCACCCUCGCCGGCACCGAGCUCCAAGCUUCCGUCAUGCUCCCCAACCAGCUCAUCCCCGCCGCCGCCGCCAAUCAGUCCUUCGCCGACCUCUGGGUCGCCUCCAACCUCGUCCCUUUCCGAUCCUCCGUCCGACUCCGCUUCCUCCUCGUCGGAAACGAGAUCCUCUCCGACUACUCUAUCCGCAACUCCACCUGGCCUCAUCUCAUUCGGGCCAUGGAGCGACUGCACCGCUCCCUGAAGACCCACUCCCUCCGCCGCAUGAAGGUCGGCACCACCCUCGCCAUGGACGUCCUGGGGACCUCCUUCCCCCCCUCUGCCGGCGUCUUCCGCUCCGACAUCGCCGACCCGGUGAUGGUCCCCCUGCUCCGGUUCCUCCUGCGCAGCCGCUCCUUCUUCUUCCUAGACGCCUACCCGUACUUCCCCUGGACGGCGAACUCCGCCAUCAUCUCCCUCGACUACGCGCUGAUGGUGAAGGGGGCAAAGACCUACACAGACCCCGGCAGCGGGCUGACCUACACCAACCUCCUCGACCAGCAGCUCGACGCCGUCUUCGCCGCCAUGACCCGCCUGGGUUUCAGAGACGUCCCCCUGGUCAUCGCCGAGACGGGGUGGCCCAACGGCGGCGACUACGACCAGAUCGGUGCCAAUGUCCGCAACGCCGCCAUCUUUAAUCGCAACCUGGCCCGCCGGAUGUCCGCCAAGCCGCCAGCCGGCACCCCGGCGAGGCCCGGGGCGACAAUCCCCACCUUCGUCUUCUCCCUGUUCAACGAGGACCAGAAACCCGGCCCGGGGACUGAGAGGCACUGGGGGAUCUUCUACCCUAACGGGACGGGGGUCUACGGGAUCGAUCUCACCGGCAAGAAGCCGGACGCGGCGUUCGCUCCGCUGCCGGCGGCGACGAACAACGAGCCCUUCAAGGGGAAGAUAUGGUGCGUGGUGGCGCCGGGGAAGGAGAGGAAUACGACAGAGCUGGCGGCGGCGGUGGCGUACGCCUGCGGGCAGGUGAAGGCUGGAGCUUGCAGGGCCAUCAGCCCGGGAGGGAGCUGCUACCGGCGAGACUCGCCGGCGUGGCACGCCGGCUACGCCUUCAACUUGUACUGGCAGCAGUUCCGCAGCUCCGGCGGGACCUGCUACUUCAACGGCCUCGCCACCCAGACCAUUAAAGAUCCCAGUAAGCCGCACCUCCUUUCCUGCUUGAAUUCACCUUGACGAUGAUCAUGCUCUUCUUCUCAUCCUCCUGUGGGGGUUCUUCUGUCUGCGCAGGCGCCGGGUCCUGCAAGUUCUCAAGCGCCGCCAGCUGA